AUGUUCAAUGUGCUUCCUCUUCAGGAAUGGACCAAACUCUAUAUUUCAGACUGCUUCUCAUUGAAUCAAACGCUCUCUUUCAUAGCUCUCUGUUCAGUAUCUGAAUGCAGUCAGCGCCGGUAUCAUCAUAUAAACAUCAAUAUGAACUGGACUGAAGCUCAGAUAUACUGCAGAGAAAACUACACAGAUCUGGCCACAGUCAACAACAUGAAUGACAUGAAUGAACUGAUGAAUAAAGUGAAGAACAGCGGUGUGAAGAAUAAUGAUGUGAGAGUCUGGAUUGGACUGAAGAAUACAGGUGUUUAUAAAUGGAAGUGGUCUAUGGGUCACACUGUGAACUAUACCAACUGGGAAAAUAGACUUCCAAAGGAUGAAAAUAAAUGUGGUUAUAUGAGAAAUGGAACAUGGCAUCUUAAGGGCUGUAAUGAGUAUUUGAGUUUCAUCUGCUACAACGAGAGCAGCAAAGAAUACAUCUAUGAAAAGUCUCAUAAAACAUGGAGAGAAGCUCAGAGCUCCUGUAGAGAUCAUCAUACUGAUCUGACCAGUGUGAGGAAUAAAACUGAGAAUGAACAGAUUAAGACAAUAAUUAAUAAUAAUGAUGAUGAAGUCUGGAUUGGUCUGUUCAGUGAUUCAUGGGAGUGGUCAGAUAACAGUAACUCCACCUUCAGAUACUGGAACUCUGUUGAACCUAAUGGUGGUAAUGAACAAUGUACAGAAGUCCUCAUGAAUGAUCAGGGUCAAUGGAAUGAUUUGGGUUGCCAGUACUUUAACACUUUUGUGUGUCAUGAAGAUAAUCUGAUAUUGAUCAAUGAGACGAUGAGUUGGUCUGAAGCUCUGGUUUACUGCAGACAGCAUCAUGUGGAUCUGGUUUCAGUUGUUUCAGAUGAGAUUCAGCGCUGGGUAACAGAAGUGAUUGAACAUCAGAACUCUACUGCGUCUGUAUGGAUGGGGUUACGUCACUCCUGUAGUGUGGGGAUUUGGUUCUGGGUGAAUGGAGAGCCGGUGUGCUAUCAGAAUUGGGCUCCAGGGAACGAGACAUCAGUAGAGGACUGUGAUCCUAAAGUGAGAUCUGGAGCUGUUCAGCGUGAUGGAGGUCAUCAGUGGAUCAGUCGUCCUGAUACUGACAAACUCAACUUCAUCUGCAUCACACAUGAUUAGGAAUGAUAUGAUAUAUGUUUGUGUUCAUCACUUUCUCUUUAUACUGACUUUAGUUUGGGUUUUAAUACAUAUCAAAUCAAUAUUAUUAUAAGAUUAAACUAUUCUCUUUGGUAAAUCAUCUUUAAGUAAAAUGAAAUGUAUUUUUGGAUGUUAAGAGAAUCAUAUGAGUUUAUGUUAAUAGUUUUAAUAACAGAUGAUUUAGAUGUGUGUUUGUUUAUUGGUUUGGGUUUUUCUCUUUAGCAAUGUCUG